AUGCACGCCUCGCUCGUCCGACGCUCAUUCGGGUCUAUUAUCCCACCCAAAAUUGCGACUCCCAAAAUUGUCUCGGGAGGCAGCGGCGCCAGCAUGUCUUCCGUCGUCGAUUUCUACUCUAAAUUGCCAAAGGGCCCCGCUCCUCCCUCCGGAAACGGCAUCAAGGCGCGCUACUUUGACGGCAAGAACGCAUCUGGCAAGCCCUUUGUUGCGGCUAUUGUCGGAAUGUUCUUGCUUGGGUACACGAUCGAUUACAACAGUGCGUACUCUGGUCUUAUGCAAUUAACCGAGUGA